AUGUUCAACAACAGGUAUGUCGUUUUUGAAGCCAAAGAACUGGAGGAUCCCUCAAAGAAAGAAGAGCCUGAUCAGCAGCAAACUACUAAAGUAUUUGAGAUACUUGUCAAUAAUGGCUGCAGAGAUAUCACUAACGAGAUCGACACUUCAUUGUGCACUGAAUACCCGGUCAGUAAUGGAGGCUUCGGUGAUAUCUAUGAAGGUCAACUUCGCGACGGAACAAAAACCGCAGUAAAAUGUCUUAGGAUUUUUGACUCGCCGAUGGAUAAACGUAUAAAUGAAAACCUUAAGUUAGCCGCACGAGAGAUAUAUGCGUGGUCGCGUUGUCAACAUCGCAAUGUGGUCCCAUUAUUGGGCUUUACCUUUUUUCGUGGACAAAUUGCGAUGAUAUCCCCUUGGAUGGAGAACGGGCCGCUCCCCCAAUACUUACAAAGGGAGAAAAAAGUAGAUCGAUUCGAAGUGUGCGUACAAAUUGCUGAGGGUCUAGAAUACCUGCACGGUAUAGAUAUGGUACACGGAGAUCUCAAAGGGGUCAACGUCUUGAUUUCUUCCGAACGCAUCGCUAAAUUAAUCGAUUUUGGCAACACGGAAAGCAAUGACCGGUUCUUGGAAUUCACACCUGCCAGAGUAACUCCAACACCACGAUGGGCGGCACCUGAGUUGUUAGGAGAAGAGGGCGUUUAUAGCGUAGCGGCGGAUGUUUAUGCCUUAGGAAUGACAUUCCUGGAAGCAGUCACAAACAAGCUUCCAUUCCCAGAUCUUAGAUCAGAUAAUGUCAUCAUAGCCAAAGUUCUGAUCAAGAAGGAGAAUCCGUCUCGUCCAAUGUCAAUUAUUCCCGAUAGACUCUACGGGAACAUGUUUUGGAAUAUGUUGUUAUACGAGAGAUCAAAAAGAUACGAAGUUUAUAUGGCAAGUCGAUUUAUUAUCAUCAAUACUAUGGUCCUAAACUGUUUCUAUCCCAAUUUCUUUUCAGAGACUGAAAUCAUAAAGCCUUUGCCAGAUAUACCCGCAAUUUCAAGCCCAGACAGUUCGGAUUUCAAUCAAGUUCUUGACACCCUUGGUGAACAUAACUGUCGAGAUAUUACCUCUAGUAUAGCAUAUGACCGCUGUGGAAAUAUACCGAUAAAAGGCGGUGGCUCAACGGAUAUUUAUCAAGGAGAACUUGCUGAUGGGCAGUUAAUAGCAAUCAAGUGCCCGCGGAGAUUUCAUGGUCGGCUUGACCCAGUUGUACUCAUGAAUACAGCGAGGGAGCUUUACAUAUGGUCCAAGUGCAAUCACCCAAAUAUUUUGCCACUUCUAGGGUAUAGCCACUUUAGAGAUCGACUGGUAAUCGUAACUCCAUGGAUGCUUGAGGGUUGUCUUGUCGAUUAUAUUCAGGGAAAUCCUUCAUUAGAUCGCAUGCAAGCUUGCAAGGAAGUUUGUUCUGCCGUGGCCUACCUGCAUGAACACAAUAUCGUGCAUGGUGAUAUCAAAGCGCUCAAUGUUCUAGUCUCGCAAGAUAGGUCUCUCAAACUUAUCGACUUCAAUAGUUCCACCAUCAGCAACCAUUCGUUACAAUUGUCCACACCAAAUUCACAAAUGCAGUCUUUCUUUUGGGCACCUCCAGAGAUAUUGAAUGGCGAUACUGAAAGAACGUUCGCUGCAGACGUAUACUCGCUUGGAAUGGCAUGUGAUGGCUUGUGGACUCUUUUCAAGGACUGCUGGCUAUUCUAUCCAGAAAUGCGACCUUCUGUGACUGAGGUAAGGGAAAAGGUAUUCGGUACUUUUAUUGACCCUGCUGAUUUAUCGCCUGGGGACCAUGGCGGGCGGAUUGGCGGGCAGUGUGGAAUGUGCCAUAUUCAUAAUUUACCCGAUGAGUCGGAGUAA